AUGUCGAUGUUGGGAACGAGUUAUUAUGUCGAGUCGCCUGUUCUUCCCGAGCAGGAAGAUAUGGCACCGAGGUACUCAUCAGCUGCAGGGGUGGAGCAGGCGAUGCUCACCGAAUAUGGCGGACACGAGUCUUGCCCUUUGCAGGCGAAAUCUUCUAUUUUUGGUGGAUCAUGGAGUCCAAUCUCGGCCCACCCUCCAAACGCGGCCACACCGACUUAUAUACAUCACCAUUACACAAGUGGGGACAGCGAUGGCAUGUUUACGCGCUCCUGGGCGUUGGAUCCGGUGUCCGCGUCCCUGUGUUUAACGGGAUUACCAUCGACAGCCAUGCAUUAUGAGAUAAAACCCGAGCCUCUGAUUGGGAGUGCUGAAUGUACAACUUUGGAGACGCACACACCUCUUUUGUCUGACAUAGGAAACGAAGCGUCCCUUGUGGAGAUUCCCUGUGAAACCACAUCCACGUCUAAAGCCACUGAGGAGAGCCCGUCAGCAGAGGGAAAGACGGAGAUAGAUCCAAAUAACCCGUCAUCCAACUGGCUUCACGCAAAGCCCACCAGAAAAAAGCGUUGUCCGUAUACAAAGCAUCAAAUCCUCGAACUGGAAAAGGAGUUUCUAUUUAACAUGUACCUCCCCCGGGAUCGUAGAUACGAGGUAGCGAGAGUCCUGAGUUUGACGGAGAGACAGGUGAAAAUCUGGUUUCAGAACCGCAGGAUGAAGAUGAAGAAACUGAUAAAAACACGAGCUGGAUUGGACCUUACUGGACCCCAACUGCAAGAUGAACUUGAGAUCCUAGAAAAGUGA